CGCGCAAUCACCCACAGAGAGCGAUUGCGAUUGGAAGCGAGGCGGGCGGACGGAUCGUGUGUUUUGUGUUGCUGUCGCGCAGUAUCUUUUAACCUAAGUGCGGAGGACCGCAAGUACAGGGAGCAGGAAAAGUUUAUUACGAAGACUCUCCGAAUAACGGGAAUGGCCGCUCCCAGAUCUUCCUGAACACCAGAGGGCAGAUAACAGGAAAAGAUGUGGAUCCGAACAGAGUCUGUCUUCUGAAUCACACACAAACAGAUUGAGUCAUGACAGAACGGGACGGGCGUUCCGAUUUGCCCAUCGCUCCGGGGCAGGUAUAUGUCGAGGUGGAGUAUGAUUACGAGUACAAGGCCAAAGACAGACUCAUCUCCAUUCGGCAGGGAGAAUGCUACAUGUUGGUUCGUAAAACCAACGAGGACUGGUGGCAGGUUCGUAGGGAAGAGGGCACCAAGGCUUUUUACGUGCCCGCUCAGUACGUUCGUGAAGUCAGGCGAGCCCUCAUGCCGCCACCCCCUAAGCCACGCGCGAAACCCCCUAACGUCCUCGAGAUACAGUGCCGAUCAUCGAAUGAAAAUCUCAGUCAGCGUUCAACCACAGAAAGGUCGAGCUUUGGCCGUCCCCCUCCUUCGACAACACCUUCUCCGUUGCCAGGGCAACUGACCCCGCCAUUGUUUUUGCGGGAUGCCAAUCAGAACUCAGGGAUGAAGAGUGUUGUCGCCGAGCUAACUUUGCUUAACAACAACCAUCAUAACUAUCACCAUGGAAACCCCACAUUGCCACUGGGGCGGGCCGAAUCCCCUCCAAGAGAGCAAAGGAAACUUUCAGGCAGGUUGUCGGUGGACACGGAUGGGAGCGUAUCACCAGGAGAUGGACUGGAUAAGAUAAGAAAUGACUCCGAAUCUGGAGAUGAGCUCAGUAGCAGCUCUACCGAACACAUACAGGGUAUAUCUCCUACCGGACCAGGCCGACCCGAAUCCCCCGUCUACACAAACCUCCAGGAGCUUAAGAUUUCUCAGUCGUCUCUUCCGCCUGUACCUUCUUCCUCCCCGCUGCACAUCUUGGGCGACUGGGAGACGCAUAAAGACAAAAGUGGAAGAAACUUCUAUUAUAACCGCACGACUCAGGAGAGGACCUGGAAACCACCCCGCUCACGAGACAACGGGCUCAGCCGCGGGGACACAUCUAACACUGGAGACAUGGAGCAUCUAUCAUCUGAGGAGAACUGCCCCAGCACUCACUCCAGUCAGUCAGACAGUCAGUAUGGAUCGCCACCUAGAGGCUGGUCUGAGGAACUCGAUGAGCAUGGCCACACGCUCUACGUGUCUGAACACACCAAUGAGAAGUGGAUUAAACACGUGGAUGAGCAGGGCAGGCCGUACUAUUACAGCGCUGAUGGUUCCCGCUCCGAAUGGGAAUUACCAAAAUAUAAUCUCUCUCCUCCAAACUGUGGAGAUGUUCCUAAAAGUCACAGUUUGGAGAGAAAGCAGCAGGAGCCUAUUAUGCUGACCAAGUGGAGACACAGCACCUAUGUGCUGGACCUCAGCGACAAGUCAUUCAGAAACAGAUGGUUCAGUUUUAACCAGUUCACCAAGGACUUUGGCCUAUCGCAGUACAGAGAAGAGUGUGUGAAUGCAAAACAUAGCUCUCCUGAAUCAGACUCUUGUCCCUCUUCACCAAAACACCCCUCAACCCCCUCAGAAAAGUGUGGGGUUCUCAAUGUUACCAAAAUCACUGAACACGGGAAGAAAGUCAGAAAGAAUUGGGCCUCCACCUGGACUGUUUUGCAGGGUUCAUCUCUACUCUUCGCAAAGGGUCAGGGCAGUGCCACAAGUUGGUCGUACUGCCGCAACGGUUCCUUCCCUGAACUUCUCCUUUCGUUGCUAAGUAACUGGAAGCGAACGAUUAAGCCCCGCCCUGCAGUAUCCUAUGCGCACUGUGGGCGUGGCCGGGCUUCCUCUUUUGGAGGGAACCAGUCCAAACCAGAAUUCACAGUCGACCUUAGAGGCGGUUCAGUCGAAUGGGCAUCCAAAGAGAAGUCCAGCAAGAAACAUGUUAUUGAGCUGAAGACACGGAUGGGCACAGAGCUGCUGAUUCAAUCAGAGAUAGACAGCGUUAUUAACGACUGGUACAGAGCCCUGUCUGAAACCAUCAACACACAUGCAUGGGAGUCUGAUGAGGCAAUUGAAGAAGACAUGCCGGAGUCUCCGGGAACAGAGAAACACGACAGAGAGAAAGAUCUCAAAGACGUCAAGAAAAACCGAGCAAUGAAGACUUCCUCCAGUAUGGAGUCAUCUGAACAGAAGAAAACCAGAGUCAAGCUAAAGAAAUUUCUCACACGGAGACCCACAUUACAGGCGGUCAGAGACAAGGGAUACAUUAAAGAUCAGGUGUUUGGCUGCAGUUUGACAGCCCUGUGUCAGAGAGAGGGCACAUCUGUACCCAACUUUGUUAAAAUGUGCAUUGAGCAUGUAGAGAAUACAGGGUUGAAAGUUGAUGGCUUGUACAGAGUCAGUGGAAAUCUGGCAGUCAUUCAGAAACUGCGUUUUGCGGUAAAUCAUGAUGAAAAAAUUAACUUGGAAGACAAUAAGUGGGAAGACAUUCACGUGACCACAGGUGCUCUGAAGAUGUUUUUCCGGGAGCUUCCAGAGCCGCUCUUCACCUACACAUCCUUCAAUGAUUUUGUCGAGGCCAUCAAAAACUCUGAUUACAAGCAGCGAGUCCAAUCCAUAAAAGACUUGAUCAAACAGCUGCCAAAACCCAAUCAGGAAACAAUGAAAGUUUUAUUCCAGCAUCUGAAAAGGGUGAUAGAUCAUGGCGAGGUAAACCGGAUGACGACCCAGAGCGUGGCGAUCGUGUUCGGCCCGACCCUGUUGCGGCCGGAGAUCGAGACUGGGAACAUGGCGGUCCACAUGGUUUAUCAGAACCAGAUUGUAGAACUGAUUCUUCUGGAGUAUGAGAACAUAUUUGGCAGGUAGAAGAUCUGCAGAAGCUUACGUGUCUCCAUAUAUGAGAAUACAAUGCUAGUACUUCAACGUCUCAUCCAAUGCACGACGACUGCUGUGGACCAAGCUUAAAACACACACGCAAAUGUCAGUGGAUUUACUGUGACUCAUGACUGGAUAUAAACAUAAGCGAAUAAAUACAGGAAGGUUCUUUAUGCACUUAAUAUUUUUUUCAGGAUAUACAAAUUGAAUCGUCAUUCCUUGGCUUAGAAUAAGCCGGGUGGACUUCCCAUGAUAUGCACUCUUUUUGGAAGUUGGAAAUAUAAAUUGGACACUGGAAUGGACUGCAUCUUAGCCAGUAUUGAGGACUAGCGUAACAUUGAUUUUUUUUGCAGUGAGAUGUUUAAAUAUGUAGAUAAUCUUUCAUUAACUCAAAUGUCUGACUUGUAUCUGGGCUAUGGCAGGCUUGGAUAUGUUUUUUCUUUUUUUCCUGUGGAAUAAGCUGAAAGUGCACUGUAUCAAGGUGGCAGUAUUAAUAGACGAAGACUACUGACCUUCUGUGGGGUCGAUUAAAUGGACAAUAAUCAGUAUUACUUCAGGAAUGGGAAAGACUCCCUAAUCCAAACCCCAAACUUUACUAGAAAUGCCACACCCUGUUUGCUUCAGGACUUUAUGCUAUUGGAUACGCUUGGCUCACUUUGUCCGUCAACCAAUGGCCAUCUCUGAACUUGAAGAAACUGUUUAAUGAAAUAUCAGGACUUGUGGUGUUGUGUUGUGAGGCCCGUGAAGGUCAAACCCUGUGUUGUUUACGUGGAUUGAUCAGUCUGUGUUGUGCAGGUUGUUUUCCAGACAAGAACCUGACGUGUUAUGUGUGAUUUAAAAGAAGCCUCUUAGAAAAACAGACACUAACAAUCCUAUCUCUCAACCGAUAUCUCCAGAGGCUUCCCGGAAAAAGAAAGGUGAGAUGCUUAGAUUGGCGUUUUGGCCCUACACUGUUUCAAAUCAAUACACAGUAUUCAUCUCCUCUUUCCUACUCUGAAACUGAGAAGAAAAUGCCUGAAUGGUACUGGGAAUCAUACUGCAGUGAUAUAUGAGGGUACGCAUGGAAACGCCUUCUGUAUCGCUUUUUCAAUAAAAUUCGGAGAAUAUGCACAGUUCAAUUAGAAAUGAACUUUGUACAAAAAAGAAAAUAUGAAUAAUAAUUGAAGUGUUCUGGUUUGAAGUUUGUGUCAAUAACAAGUGAAAAGAUGUAUUUUGUUGAUGUAUGGAUGGAUGGAUGAAGGAAAUGAAUAUUAAAGAAAUAGUUUAACCCAAAAAUUAAGCUUUAUCAUUAUUUACUCACCCUCAUGUUGUUUGAACGUCUAAAGUCUUGUUUUUCAUAACCCAAAUGCAGAUAAACAAAAAUGGGAUUUGCUGGUUACGGUGAUCACCUCGGGCACCAUCCACUCCCAUAGUAACCAGAAAACCCUUUAAUAGUUCAGGCACAGGGAAUGUUCACUGAAAGAGAGGCAAGGCUUGUUAAAAAAGGGUAAGGGUGACUAAGUGAUGACAAAAUUUAAAUUUUUGGGGGAACUAUCCCUUAAAGGGAGGCGGGUGAUGUCACCAUUCAUUGUGAACUGCACAUUUUGAAUGUAAUUUUCUGACUAACUGCUGUUUCCGAAGUUGACGUCUAAUUCUGAUUAAAAAGAAAAAACUCAUGGAUAAUAUUAAAGUGAUAAUGACCGAG